CAAAGCAGAGUCAGGAUGAGUGUCCAGACCCCACCCCAACUCCUGGACCUGGCGGGAACCAGCCUGCUGAGGGACAACGAGGCCUCGGCCAUCACUGCUCUGGAGUAUCUGCCCACUGAGCUCGUCCCACCUCUGUUCCUGGAGGCCUUCUUUGGGAGACGCAUUGAGACCCUGAAGGCCCUGGUGCAAGUCUGGCCCUUUGUCCGCCUGCCUCUGGGGGGCCUGAUGCACAUGCCUCAGGAGGAGACCUUCCAGGCAGUGCUGGAUGGGCUUGACGUCCUGCUGGCCCAGAAGGUUCGCCCCAGGAGGUGCAGACUGCGGGUGCUGGAUUUACGGAACACCGGCCAGAACUUCUGGAGCAUGUGGUCUGGAGCCAGGGCCCGUGUGUGCCCAAGCUCAUGGAUGGCACCCGCGGCUGAAAACAGUUCAAGGACAAAACAGCACCUGGCUUCCUUGGAGGUGUUCACAGACCUCUGUUUUGAGAAAAGGACUCCGGGUAAAUUCCUCACCUACCUCCUCAGGUGGGUGCAGCAGAGGAAAGGUUUGAUUCACCUGCGCUGUAAGAAGCUAAAGAUUGUUUCAAUGCCCGUGAAAAAUAUCAUGAAGGUCCUGAGUCGGGUGCAGCUGGACUGUCUCCAGGAGGUGGAAGUGGACUGCACGUGGCGCCUGUCCACCCUGGCCAGGUUCGCUCCUCUCCUAGGCCAGAUGACUCAUGUGCAGAGACUCCGUCUCUCCCACGUCCGUGUGUCUGAAUUUGAUCGGCAGCAGCAGCAGCAGCAGCAGCAAGUUGUCCAAUUUACCUCUCAGAUCCUCAGGCUGCACCACCUCCGUGAUCUCCAUUUGGAAUCUCCCUCCUUCCUCGAAGGCCGCCUGGACCAGAUGCUCAGGUGCCUGAAGACUCCCUUGGACAACCUCUCAGUAACGAACUGCCUGCUAACAGAAUCAGACUUGAGCCACCUGUCCCGGAGCCCGAACAUCAGUCAGCUGAAGGGCCUGGAUCUGAGUGGCAUCAGCUUGAGCGACUUUUCCACCCUCCAGGAGCUGAACUUAGAGCAGUGUGGGGUCAUGGACCCCCAACUUGAUUCCAUCCUGCCCGCCCUGAGCCGCUGCUCCCAGCUCAGCGCCUUCAGCCUGUGUGGGAACCGCCUCUCCAUGGCUGUCAUGGGGAAGCUGCUGCGAUGCACCGCCGGGCUGCCCAGGUUAAGGGAAGAGUUCUACCCUGCCCCUCGGGAGAGUUACGGCCCUGGCGGAGCCCUCCACCUGGGGAGACUUGCCCAGCUUCGGGCCGAGCUGAUUGAGAUCAUGAGGGGCUUCGGAGGUCCCAGGGCCAUCUGGCUCAGCUCCAGCCCCUGUCCUCGCUGGGGCAGCAAGCUGUGCUCUCGUGAGGAGCCCUUUCUCUACCACUGCUACGUGCCGGCCUAGGUGGGUGCAUCGAUCCAAAGCUUUCUUCUGGGCGCCUGGAAACUGAAAUCUAGGACAUAGGAGCAUCUUGAAGGGAACAGAGACACGUGGUUUCAGAUUUCAGCGCGAUUUGAAUGAGAAAAGGAAAUGUGGUUGCACAUUUCAGCAGGGGUCCAGAA